AUGUUAGAAUCCGAGAAACUAGAAUGGCUACGUAAAAAUCAACCAAAGCUUCGAGUGACAAAGUACAACUCUUUAGAGAAAGAAGGCGAUCAAAGUCAGGCGCCAGGAAUAAGCAUAGGUAAGCGAGUUGUUUUGCCUUCUUCCUUUGUUGGCGGCCGUAGGUUUAUGGAUCAGUUGUAUUAUGAUGGGAUGGCUAUAUGCAGUAAAGUCGGAUUUCCCGAUUUGUUUAUUACUUUUACAUGUAACCCAAAUUGGCCGGAGAUUCAAAGAGUUCUCGGACCUCUACAUUUGAAGCCUCAAGAUCGUCCGGAUGUCAUUUCAAGAGUUUUCAAAAUCAAAUUCGAUCAACUCCUUUCAGAUUUAACCAAAAAAGGAGUUCUUGGAAAAGUGCUUGCUUAUAUGUACACCAUUGAGUUCCAAAAGAGAGGAUUACCUCAUGCCCAUAUAUUGCUGUUUUUGCAUCCUUCAAACAAAUAUCCAACGCCCGAUGACAUUGACAAGAUCAUUAGUGCGGAAGUCCCCGACCCCAGAAGACACCCUCGGUUAUACAAUUUGGUAAAAUCUCACAUGGUCCAUGGUCCUUGUGGUUUUAAAUUUCAGCCUACGACUAUAGUGGAUCACGAGGGAUAUCCGGUUUAUAGGAGAAGAAACAACGGACACACAAUUGAAAAGCACGGCAUCAUCUUUCAUAGUGGUCAUGUGGUUCCUCACAAUCCAAGUUUGCUGUUGAAAUACGAAGCCCACAUCAACAUGGAAUGGUGCAACCAAAGUACUUCCAUUAAAUACCUUUUCAAAUAUAUCAACAAAGGUUCGGACCGUAUUUCUGCAAUCAUACAAGGACAGGACAAAAACAACGCAUGUUGGAGGAUCUUUUCUUAUUCUAUACAUGGAAGGAAGCCCGCUGUAGAGAGACUGUUUUUUCAUUUGGAAGGUGAAAACUCCGUGUACUACAAAGACUACGAGCAAGUUGGUGAUGUUUUACUCAAACCAAGUGUCACCGAGUCAAUGUUUACAUCUUGGUUUGAGGCAAACAAAACUUACGAGGAAGCAAGAUUGCUAACUUAUGGUGACUUCGUUUCUAAAUUUGUUUAUCAUAAAAGAAGUCGGACUUGGAAGCCAAGGAAAAGAGGAUAUACCAUUGGUCGACUCAUUUGGGUUCCUCAAAGCACUGGUGAAUUGUUUUAUUUAAGAAUGAUGCUCACUGUCACAAAGGGUCCUUUGUGCUAUAAAGACAUUAAGAAAGUUGAUGGAAAGCAACUUAAAACUUUUAAGGACGCUUGCUUUGCGAUGGGAUUUCUACAAGAUGAUCGAGAAUUUGUCGAGGCUAUCAAAGAGGCACAUCUUUGGGGUUCCGGUCCAUUUUUACGCAAGUUAUUUGUGACAAUGUUGUUAUCUUCUUCCAUGAACAGACCGGAACAUGUGUGGCGAAAGACUUGGAUGUAUUUAUCAGAUGGCAUUCUCUAUGAGCAACGCUUAUUCACAAGAAAUCAAGGUCUGACAAUGAGCGAUGCCGAGCUCAAAGAAAGGACACUUAUGGCCAUUGAGACACUUUUACAAAAUAACAAUCGAACUCUUAAAGACUUCAAGACAAUGCCAUAUCCAAAAGAUUUUGUCGUCUCCUUUACUGGAAAUAGGCUACUUUACGAUGAACUUCAGUAUGAAGUUGUUGCUCAAAAACAAAUUUUUGAUACUUUGUAUGCGUCUCUUACAGAUGAGCAACGGAGCAUUUUUGAGGAAAUCAUGGAUGCUGUAGAAAAGCAACAAGGUGGGGUGUUUUUUUUAUAUGGCUAUGGUGGGACUGGUAAGACCUUUAUGUGGAACACUUUAUCAGCAGCACUUAGGUCCAAAAAGAAAAUUGUUUUGCCGGUUGCUUCAAGUGGAAUUGCAAGUUUGUUGUUACCAGGAGGAAGAACAGCUCAUUCUAGAUUUAAGAUUCCCGUUCCUACUUUAGAGACUUCUAUUUGCAACAUUGAAAAAAAAGAUGAUAUUGUUGAGCUGCUUAAGUUUACGGAUUUAAUCAUCUGGGAUGAGGCUCCUAUGGCUAACAAGUUUGGCUUCGAAUCUUUGGACAAAUCCUUAAAAGAUAUCAUGAGUGGCCCCACACAUGCAUCUAAGAAAAUAUUUGGAGGCAAGGUUGUUGUUUUUGGUGGUGACUUCAGGCAAUUUCUCCCUGUUAUACCAAGAGGUACUAGAUCUGAUAUUAUCCAUGCAACAAUUAAUGCUUCUUAUAUUUGGGAUCAUUGUAAAGUAUUGAGACUUACAAAGAACAUGAGAUUGCAAAGUGGCCCACCUACUACUACAGCUGAUGAGAUUAGGAGCUUUUCUGAGUGGAUUUUAAAUAUUGGAGAUGGGACCAUGUGUGAACCUAAUGAUGGUUAUGCUGAUAUCUGUAUUCCAAAUGAGUUCAUAAUUUCAAACUUUUUAGAUCCGAUUCAGGCCAUUGUUGAAGAUACCUACCCUGAUCUCAUUCAUAAUUAUCUUGAUUCCAAUUAUCUUCAAAGUCGUGCGAUUUUAGCUUCAACAAUCGAAGUAGUUGAUGAUAUCAACCAAUAUAUCACUAACCUUCUUCCAGGUGAAGAGAGAGAAUACUUUAGUAGUGAUUCCAUUGAUAGAUCUGAUGUAACUAACUUUGAUGCAUAUGAGCAUGUGACACCCGAGUUCUUGAACGCUCUUAAAACCUCAGGAUUGCCUAACCAUUCAAUCAAGUUGAAAGUCGGGGCCACUAUUAUGUUAAUGCGCAACCUGGAUCAGUCAGAGGGCUUGUGCAACGGCACACGACUAACUGUAACCAGACUUGCUGCCCAUGUCAUUGAAGCGAAGAUCAUUUCUGGGAAAAAUAUUGGUAACAUCUUUUAUAUUCCUAGAAUGUCUUUAUCCCCCUCACAGUCUCCAUGGCCAUUUAAAUUGGUGCGACGCCAAUUCCCAAUUAUAGUUUCCUUUGCCAUGACUAUUAACAAGUCACAGGGCCAGUCACUUGACAAUGUGGGAUUGUAUUUGCCAAAGGAAGUUUUUAGUCAUGGGCAAUUGUAUGUCGCUAUCUCAAGAGUCAAAUCCAAAAAGGGAUUAAGGAUUCUUAUUCAUGACAAAGAGAAACAACCUAUGCUCUCUACCACCAAUGUUGUUUUCAAGGAAGUCUUUCAUAACAUUUAA